CUUGGACUUUCCCGGAAGAUGCCCAGUCCCACUUAUAUCUCCCCGUACUAACAUUUAUCGUUGUUUAACGUAGUACAGGAAAAUAAACUCGACUCAAACGCUACUUUUUUUUUUAACGUACAACCGAUAUUUUUAUCCGUCAGCAACGUAAUUUGUCUAACUUAAACCGAGUUCAGCUGUGGACAAAAUUGCCUGUAAAGUGACACCUGUGACCGCGUUUACUAAACAUUAACGUUAACCGACCCGUCGCUUAGAUACCAGUUUGUUUAACGGUUCGUUAAGUUGCAGUGCAAAACCCAUAGCUGUUACUUAGCGUCAGUCUGCACUUAAAUAAUAUUAAUAUCCAUUAACAAUUAAAUAUUGAUAAUCCUUUACUUUUUAGGCACGCGGACCUUGAACAACUUUUUCCCAUCGUUUUUUGGUGUGUCGUCCCUCGCUGCUUAUUGCUCAAUAGUGAAGCCUCCUGAUUCCUCUGGUCUUACUACUACCAGGCUGCAGCCAAACUUGGUGCUGGGCCAAUCAUUUCCCAGGAAAAUGUGACUGCUAGGAAUUCCCCACGCAUCAGCCCCUGUCGGAGAAAACUGCAAUCUUGUAUCAGGGAAGCACACGAAAGCAGCAGGAGGCUACAGCCGACCGGUGACUCUGCCAUGAUGGAGUUAUAGGACCGUCUGUCUCCCAACUCGCACCCCAGGGAUAAUAAUGUUUUUCUAACGUCGCCGUGUUUUCAUGAGGACAGCCACUAAAACUGCCUGCAUAAAGCCAGGGGACAUGCUGUGCUGAUGACAACUUCUACAAGGGUGUAGAUGCUCCAGGCGCAGCGGGACCCAGCCUCCGUGUCAGAGAGGGACGAGGCUGCUCCCACCUGGGCCACAGCACUCCUCUGAAACUCGGCUCGUGGUCUCUCUCUUACUAAGCGCCCAGAUUAGAGAACAGGACAACGACAGGGAAGCCAUUUUGUGAGGUGAAGCUGAGUGUCGGGAGCCAGGAGUAGUCAGGAUAUUUUAGGCUGCUCCCUGCCCUCUGAACUGAACAUGACAACUGCAGUUCAGCCCAGCGAGCUGGUGUUCGAAUUCGCCAGCAACGGGAUGGACGAAAUCAACCAGGUUUGCAGUUAUCUCAUCCCCACAACCGUGUCUGAAUCCUGUGGAGCAGGCUUGAUUCUGGAUGACCCGUCAGUAUUCCCAGCAGUCAUUGUUGAGCAGGUGCCUGCGGCUGAUUUGCUGCAGGUCUACUCAGGCCUGGAGUCCGACGAGGUGACCAACGGCAUUAUGGUGGACACAACUCUUCAUGUCGUGGAGGAGCCCUCUAUCUUGGUGGGAGGCGUUGACCUCACAGAAACAACAGUCUCUGGGCCAGAGGACAGCAUGGAGACGAACGAGGCUGCAGCAGCUCUCCUUAACAUGGAGUCUCCAAACAACAUUUUGGACGAGAAGCGCAUGAUUCACACCUACGGCACUCUGCUGGAGUCAGACUUGACGUACGCCCCUCUGAGGCCCGACCAGAUGGAUAAUAGUGCCCUUGACGUGUCCCUCGACGAGGACACUUCAUCCAUGGAUGAGAUACCCCAAAAGUGCCCCUUAAAACAUCCGAAAAAAACCAAAGUGCGGAAGCCGCGGGCGGUGCGUCCCUGCUCCCCAAUCACCACCCCUAACCUGCCACUCAGGAAGAAGAGCAAAGAGGGCAAAGGCAACACGAUCUACCUGUGGGAAUUCCUUCUGGCUUUACUGCAGGAUAAGAACACCUGUCCCAAAUACAUCAAGUGGACACAGCGGGAGAAAGGCAUCUUUAAGCUGGUGGACUCCAAGGCUGUUUCAAAGCUGUGGGGCAAACACAAAAACAAGCCUGACAUGAACUAUGAGACCAUGGGACGAGCUCUCAGGUACUACUAUCAGAGAGGCAUCCUGGCCAAAGUGGAAGGGCAGCGGCUCGUUUAUCAGUUUAAAGAGAUGCCGGCAGAUCUGGUGGUGAUCGAGGAUGAGGAUGGCACCUCUGAUGCCAACGUUAGCUACGGGAAUCAGAGGUCCACCAACGGGCGGUCUAUGGUGCGCGGAGGCUCCAAAGGGCACGGGAGGGCUCAUGGUCAACACCAUGUCUCGGUGAAGCACAUGAAGAAGGAGCCUCACGAUGAAUAUAUGUACCAGGAAGCUAACGGAGGACAGGCUGAGCAGCUCCUCCACUCUGUCCAUAUGUUGCAGAGCAACCAAGGGUCGGCUGCCCACGAUCCAGCACAAGCUAUGAGGGCCAUUGCUGCUCCUGCAUCAGUUCCCAUGGUGCUGACAUCACCUGGCUCUCUUCAGUCUGUUCCCCUCACCACUGUCCUGGCCAACGGGGACUCCUGCCACUCCUCCCCCCCUCGGGUUAUCCUCCACACUGUGCCCUCCACCACUGCAGGUGGUAAAGAUGUGCUGACCAUCCAGACGGCCUCUCUAGCAGGCGGAGCCAACAGCCUGCAGGAUGGCCUCCCUCAGCACCUCCUGGUCACCAGUCUGGGCUCCACCGUCUCCUCUUCCUCCUCCUCCAUCUCCUCCUGCUGCACUUCCCCUCCAGGAGUCAUUAGUUCCACUGCUUCCAACCUCAACGGUCUCCCCCGCCUGGUCACCAUCAACACGACCUGCGGGCAGACCAUGGUGGCCCAGCAGCCCGGCACUGUAAUUGCCACCGUGCUCAAACCCAGCGACCUCUCGGGGCUGCAGGUCAAAGAGGAGAUGCUGGACCCCAGUUACUUUGAGUCGAUGGUGAAUGGGGAUCCAUCACUGGCGGCAAAUACGUUUGAGAAAGAAGAGAUUGAGGUAGGGGAGGCAGAGCUGCAGUAUAGGACUGUGAUCAUUGAUACCAGUCAAAGCCGGGGCCAUGAGGCUGUGAGUGAAACUAUAAUUAAUGGACAUUUCUCCCAGAGCAGCAGCCCCAGCGAGGGCCUGACCCCUGUGGAGGAGCUGGAAGUGCGUGGGGAGAUGUCCCUGCAGCCUGAGCAGGGAAUCAAAGGCCUGCAGGAGCUGCCACUGUCUGUCCAAUUGCCUGCAAACUUUAUCCAGAUAAAGACAGAGCCUGCGGAGGCUUAGUGCUGCAGGACACAAGCUGAACCAAAAAACAACAAUUGAAUCCUUUUUGACCACAGACUUAAUAUUUUCUUUUUCGUACCACAGUGAUCUGAUCAAAGAUCAGAGCGAGGGAUCUUUGCAGCAUGUUGCUCUUAAAGGUUGGUCAGUUCAGCCUCAGGAUUUAUUGUUUACUCACAUAUUUUGUGACCAUGUGCCUAAUUUUAAAAGAAUCAAAGGAGUGUUUAGGUUUUCUAAAAAGUCACUUUUUAGACUUGGGAUUAUUUUCCAUAGACAUUAACCCCAACACACACACAUACACAGAGAUACAGAAACACAUACACACAUGCAAACAUAACAAAGCCUCCCCUUCUAGGAGAACAGCCAUUGGAUGAACCAGGGAUCCCUGUCUACCAAAUGUGCCAGUUAAUCAUUUUCGUACUUUACAUCUCAUUGGACUCGUAUGUUUAAACAGGAAAACGCAACAAACCAAAACUGAGGACUGGAUGCCAAACGGUGCAAUGAAAUCAGACUUCUGAGAAUGUGCAGAGGACAUGUGUGUGUGUUUUUAGGAUGCUGUGUCACAGUGUCCAAUCCAUUGGGGAAAAAACACACACAUCUCAGAGUUUAAUUGAAGAGUGCCUUACAGGAAGUUCAAACCGUAAAGACUCUUUUGUGGAAAUGUCUGGGAAAGAGGUGAAAAACGGACUAAAUGGCUUUUCAGACCUUUACGAACUUAUUACUCAUUUAUUUUCAUAUAAACAAAAAUAAGGUAUGCAUUCACUCUCUAUUACUCCUGGCCUUAAAACACUGUGUUACUAUGGAAAUGGGCAUUUUCUGUCCACCAAGGACAGUCCGACAUCAAAACUGUUUGUAUAGAGCUGCAGACUGGAGGCACAGCAAGAUAGGGAGGCACAAACGGAGAGAAAGAAUACGCAGGAUAAAACAGAUUUUAUCAGCCUCUGCUUCAGAGGCUCCAAGGUUUAAAUCCUGUUUAUAUGAAAUGGAAUAUAUAUGGAUAUAUAUAUAUACAUAUAAUAUACAAUUGAGAUUCAAUUUUAAGGCCAUAGUGAAUUUAUUUAUUUUGUGAAUUUCUAAAUUCUGUAUAAAAAAAGGCACAUUUGUCUUCUAUUUACAUGUGUAAACAUGAGGGAAAAUACAAAGAAUAUGAACGUUAAUACCAGGAAGCUUAUUAGGUUUUCUCUUUUUUCUUUUUUAAAGACCAACAUUUUUCAGUUGUAUAGCAUUCCAUGUAAUCAGCUUUGGUAUUUUCUUGAGUUUUUGGACUCUCGUGCUCAGUGCAGCAUCAUUAUUCCACUGUUAUAUUCUCGUAUUGUAGAUAUCCUCUGUUGUGUGUCUGAUUUGAACAUGUACUGAAUGUGCUUUUGGUUCCUUCUUUUCAGCAGACAUACCUCUUUACCUUAUCAACAGUUAAGCAGUCGGGACUAUGCAUUCACAAAGAUUACGUUCUGUGUCCUGCACAAAGCAUCACAUGUAUCAAUCAGUAUGUCUUUGAAAUCAUAGCUCAAGUUUCUUUAGUUAUUUGGUACUAAGAUGUACCAGUGCUGUUUUUAAAGCUCCUCUCCUUUCUUCUCUUCCUCUCCUCUCCUCUUUUUCUUCUCCUGCUCUCGGGUCAGACCAGUCUGUGCCUUCUUUAUUUGCUGUCCCACUUUGUUAAGGACCUCUCAGGCCAGCCAUCCGAUUGGCCCCUCGGUCCUGCCGGGGAUGAAGCCAUAUUGAUCCUGAGUGGUAUCACGGCUAAAUUGGUUGUAUUUUCCACCCGGACUGUAGCUGCAGAGUGAGGACAUUCAGACAUACUGACCUCCAUCCGCACUGGCACCUAAGGACAGGAGUUAAACGCUGCUUUACAACCCCACAUCAGCCAAAGGGGCUCUGGGUCUGCAAAGACACUCUGAAUGUAUACUUAAAGUACAUGCAAAUUUUUUGACAAUCAAUAAUUACACUGGGUUACAUUUGCAUAGAAAUCUUUUGAGUGGGGAUUUGCUGCUUUCUUUUUUUUUCUUCUUUUUUUUUUUUUUUGCGUUGUAUAUAUUCCCGUAUCUGCCCUGCCUUUUUCCCUAAAGCACUGUUGUCUGUGAGAUGUUGAGGUAUGUCCACUGCUUAUGUUUUGUUUUGUUGCUUCUGUUAUCUUGAGGUUGCCUCCCUUAUGCUGAAUAUAAAGUAGAUUUUCAAGAAAAAGUCAAUGUACUAAUUAAAAACAAAAUCUUGGUCACUGAA